AGAGGGACGCUGGACCGGUCAGGCCUCGACGCGGCCUAGACGCUUCGCUCGCCCGCUCCCGCCUCCCUCCCCGCGCGCGGCCAUGGCGGAGCCCUCGCCCGCCCGACGCCCAGUGCCCCUCAUCGAGUCAGAGCUGUACUUCCUCAUCGCCCGGUACCUAUCGGCGGGCCCAUGUCGGAGAGCGGCCCAGGUGCUGGUGCAGGAGCUGGAGCAGUACCAGUUGUUGCCGAAGAGGUUGGAUUGGGAGGGCAAUGAGCACAACAGGAGCUACGAGGAAUUGGUCUUGUCCAAUAAGCACGUGGCUCCUGAUCAUCUGUUGCAAAUCUGUCAGCGCAUUGGUCCUAUUUUGGAUAAAGAAAUUCCACCCAGUAUUUCAAGAGUGACUUCUUUGCUUGGUGCAGGAAGGCAGUCUUUGCUACGUACAGCAAAAGACUGCAGGCACACAGUUUGGAAGGGCUCUGCCUUUGCUGCUCUUCAUAGAGGAAGACCUCCUGAAAUGCCCGUGAAUUAUGGGUCCCCACCAAACCUUGUGGAGAUUCAUCGAGGAAGACAACUCACAGGGUGUUCCAAUUUUAGCACAGCAUUUCCAGGAACUAUGUAUCAGCAUUUAAAAAUGCACAGAAGGAUUCUGGGACAUCUCUCUGCUGUUUACUGUGUAGCAUUUGACAGAACAGGACAUAGGAUCUUUACGGGGUCAGAUGAUUGUUUGGUAAAGAUUUGGUCAACACAUAAUGGCCGCCUGUUAUCCACGUUAAGAGGUCAUUCUGCAGAAAUUUCAGAUAUGGCAGUAAACUACGAGAAUACAAUGAUUGCUGCUGGGAGCUGUGAUAAAAUAAUUAGAGUGUGGUGCUUGAGAACUUGUGCCCCAGUUGCUGUGCUCCAGGGACACACGGGAUCAAUUACAUCUUUACAGUUUAGCCCGAUGGCCAAAGGCUCUCAAAGAUACAUGGUCUCCACUGGUGCUGAUGGGACGGUUUGCUUUUGGCAGUGGGAUUUAGAAUCCUUGAAAUUCAGCCCACGUCCUCUGAAGUUCACUGAAAAGCCUAGGCCAGGCGUUCAGAUGCUUUGUUCUUCUUUUAGUGUUGGUGGUAUGUUUUUAGCCACAGGUAGUACUGACCAUGUAAUCAGAAUGUAUUUUUUGGGUUUUGAAGCACCCGAAAAAAUUGCAGAACUUGAAAGCCACACUGAUAAAGUUGAUAGUAUCCAAUUUUGUAACAAUGGUGACAGGUUCUUAAGUGGUAGCAGAGAUGGAACAGCACGAAUUUGGAGAUUUGAGCAGUUAGAAUGGAGAAGCAUUUUACUGGAUAUGUCUACCAGAAUGUCAGGGGACUUAUCUUCAGAAGAGGAAAGAUUUAUGAAACCCAAAGUAACAAUGAUAGCUUGGAAUCAGGAUGAUAGCAUUGUCGUCACAGCUGUGAAUGAUCAUGUCCUCAAAGCCUGGGAUUCUUACACUGGGCAACUGCUUCAUAACUUAUUGGGACACGCUGAUGAAGUGUUUGUUUUGGAGACACAUCCCUUUGAUUCCAGAAUCAUGUUAUCUGCAGGACAUGAUGGCAGCAUAUUUAUAUGGGAUAUUACAAAAGGCACCAAGAUGAAACAUUAUUUUAAUAUGAUUGAAGGGCAAGGAUUUGGAGCUGUGUUUGACUGUAAGUUUUCACAGGACGGACAACAUUUUGCUUGUACAGAUUCCCAUGGGCACCUUAUGAUAUUUGGUUUUGGAUGCAACAAACCAUAUGAAAAGAUUCCUGAUCAGAUGUUCUUCCAUACUGACUAUCGACCACUGAUUAGAGAUUCUAAUAAUUAUGUCUUAGAUGAGCAAACUCAACAGGCUCCUCAUCUUAUGCCUCCACCAUUCCUGGUAGAUGUAGAUGGAAAUCCUCAUCCAACUAAUUAUCAGAGAUUAGUACCAGGCCGAGAAAAUUCCGCAGACGAACAUUUGGUUCCACAGCUAGGCUAUGUGGCAACGAGUGACGGAGAAGUAAUUGAGCAAGUCAUAAGCCUACAAACCAAUGAUAAUGGUGAACGAAGCCCAGAAUCCAACAUUCUUGAUGGGAUGAUAAGACAGUUACAGCAGCAGCAAGAUCAAAGAAUGGGACCAGAUCAGGACCCUCCUCCAAGUGGACUUGCAAAUGGGGAAGAAACACCCAGAAGAGGUUUUAGAAGGCUAAGCUUAGACAUCCAAUCCCCUCCGAAUAUUGGUCUGCGUCGCAGUGGGCAAGUUGAAGGUGUUCGUCAAAUGCAUCAGAAUGCCCCACGUAGUCAGAUGGCUACAGAACGUGACCUGCAAGCUUGGAGACGAAGAGUGGUUGUUCCAGAGGUACCACUAGGCAUAUUUAGGAAAUUAGAAGACUUCAGAAUAGAGAAAGGUGAAGAGGAAAAAAAUCUUUAUAUAAUAGGAAGAAAAAGGAAGACUCUCCAACUUUCACAAAAGUCUGAUUUGGUGGUUUUGACGUCACAGUCUAGGCAAAGAACAUGUAGGCGUAAAUACCCAAAUUAUGGGAGAAGGAAUGUUGGACGGCAUGAGUCCUCUUCUGGAAAUGAAUCUUCAAGCUCUGUAAGGCGUGAGACUUCCUGUGAUCAAAGUGACGGUUCUUAUUCUUCUGAAGAAGAAGAAUGGAGAAGUGAUAGAAAAAGUGAAAGUGACAGCGAAAGUUCAAGUGAUUCUUCAUCUACGUAUUCCGAUUGGACAGCUGAUGCAGGUAUCAAUUUGCAGCCUCCAUUACGAACGUCAUCUCGUCGACGAAUAACUCGAUUUUGUAGUAGUUCAGAGGAUGAAAUGUCUACUGAGAAUUUAUCUCCUCCAAAAAGAAUACGAAAGAGAAAGAAAGAGAAAAAUCCUAAAAAAGAGAAUUUGCGAAGGAUGACCCCGGCAGAGCUUGCAAACAUGGAACAUUUAUAUGAGUUUCAUCCUCCAGUGUGGAUAACUGACACCACACUUCGAAGGUCCCCUUUUGUUCCUCAAAUGGGUGAUGAGGUAAUAUAUUUUCGACAGGGUCAUGAAGCUUAUAUUGAGGCAGUCAGAAGAAAUAACAUUUAUGAACUGAACCCCAACAAGGAGCCAUGGAGAAAAAUGGAUCUCAGGGAUCAAGAAUUGGUAAAAAUAGUUGGAAUACGGUAUGAGGUUGGGCCCCCUACACUGUGUUGUCUCAAACUAGGAUUUAUAGAUCCAGCGACUGGAAAACUCAUGGACAAAUCUUUCUCUAUUAGGUACCAUGAUAUGCCAGAUGUUAUUGACUUUCUUGUAUUGCGUCAAUUUUAUGAUGAAGCAAGACAAAGAAACUGGCAGUCUUGUGACAGAUUCCGCUCUAUAAUUGACGAUGCUUGGUGGUUUGGAACAGUAUUAAGUCAAGAGCCCUAUCAACCACAGUAUCCUGAUAGUCAUUUCCAGUGUUACAUUGUUAGAUGGGACAAUACUGAAAUUGAAAAACUUAGUCCAUGGGACAUGGAACCGAUUCCUGAUAAUGUUGAUCCACCUGAAGAAUUAGGAGCUAGUAUUUCUGUCACUUCAGAUGAGCUAGAGAAAUUGCUCUACAAGCCGCAAGAUGGUGAAUGGGGUCAGAAAUCAAGAGAUGAAGAAUGUGAACGAAUUAUCAGUGGCAUAGAUCAACUCUUGAAUCUUGAUAUAGCAGCAGCUUUUGCAGGCCCAGUUGAUCUAUGUACCUACCCAAAGUACUGUACAGUAGUAGCUUAUCCGACUGAUCUUUACACAAUUCGAAUGAGGCUUGUUAAUCGAUUUUACAGGAGGCUGUCUGCAUUAGUUUGGGAAGUAAGAUACAUCGAACAUAAUGCGAGAACAUUUAAUGAACCUGAGAGUGUAAUUGCAAAAUCAGCUAAGAAGAUAACUGACCAACUUUUAAAAUUUAUCAAGAAUCAAGAUUGUACAAAUAUCUCAGAACUUACUAACACGUCUGAAAAUGAUGAGCAAAAUGCCGAGGAUUUGGACGAUAGCGAUCUUCCUAAAACAUCUUCUGGAAGAAGGAGAGUCCAUGAUUGGAAAAAAAGGAGCAGCAAAGCAACCAACUAUGUUGAAAGCAACUGGAAGAAACAGUGUAAGGAACUAGUGCACUUAAUUUUUCAGUGUGAAGAUUCUGAACCAUUUAGACAACCUGUUGAUUUGGUUGAAUAUCCAGACUAUCGAGAGAUCAUAGAUACGCCAAUGGAUUUUGGAACAGUAAGGGAAACGCUGGAAGCGGGAAAUUACGACAGUCCUUUGGAAUUUUGCAAAGACAUCCGGUUGAUAUUUAGCAAUGCAAAAGCAUAUACACCAAACAAAAGAUCAAAGAUUUACAGUAUGACCUUGAGAUUGUCUGCCUUAUUUGAAGAAAAAAUGAAGAAAAUCUCCUCUGAUUUUAAAAUUGGUCAAAAAUUUAGUGAAAAACUUCGAAGAAGCCAGAGGUUCAAGAGACGACAAAAUUGUAACCGUGUCAGUCAGGCUAACAAAAGUACCAGAAAUGUCAAGCAGAGUCGGGCGAAAUCUCAGAGAAAAGUAAUUCCUGAGUUGGUAGGUUCUCCUACCCAGUCUACCUCAGGUAGGGCAGGUUAUUCUGCGAGCCAGAAGACAAGUGUUAGUAUAUCUUCAGGUAUCACUUCUGGUGACUCUUCAGAUUCGGAGGGAUCAGUGGAAAGAAUGAGAAGAAGUAGACCUGUAACACUAAAUACUGGUUCUACGUUAUCUGAAAGUGAAAUGGAAGAUUCUUCAGCUACCUCUUCUUCAUCUUCAGCUUCAGAUAGUUCAGAGGAAAGUAAAGACAGUUCAAGACCUCGUGAACUGUCCUUACGUAGUGGGGUGUCCAGGAGCAGCAGCCUCAGGGUAACCAGAACUAGAGCUGCUCAAAGAAAAACUGGUCCUGUCUCUUUAGAAAAUGGAUGUGGCAGAAAAGCCACUCGAAAGAGAGUCUGUUUAAGUGACUCUGAUGAUAACUCAUUGCAGACUGGUGAAAUUUUAAAAGCCAGAGCUAGAAAUAACCGUAAAGUCCUGCGAAAGUGUGCUGCUGUGGCUGCCAAUAAAAUAAAGUUAAUGAGUGAUGUAGAAGAGAAUUCUAGCUCCGAAAGUGUGUGCUCUGGCCGCAAGCUGCCUCACCGUGAUGCUUCUGCUGCAGCUAAAAAAAAGUUAUUACAUAAUUCUGAAGAUGAUCAGAGCUUAAAGUCAGAUAUAGAAGAAGAGUUAAAAAAUCAGCAUCAGCCAUCACCAGUGUCCACAUCUCACGUUGCCCGGAAGACUAUCCGUGAAUCUGAAAAUGGAGAUUCAGAGUCAGAAAGUGAUUUGAGAGUUGCUCGCAAAAAUUGGCAUGCUAAUGGUUGUAAGUCCCAUACUCCAACAACUUCUAAAGCAAAAUUUCUUAAAAUAGAGUCUUCCGAGGAGGACUCUAAAAGCCAUGAUUCAGAUAAUGGACAUGAAAGAACUGCUUGCCCAUCAACCUCUGGGCAGAAACUGAAGGCAGAUGAUGGCUCGGAGGAAGAGGAGGAAAAAGAUUUUGAACCAGGGAAACGUGAGAGUAGAAAAUAUAAUAUGUGUCGCAAGAAUGCUACUUCCUUUAAAAAAGCAAAGAUUUUGAGUGAUUCAGAGAACUUUGAAUCUGAAGAUGAUGGUAGAGAAGAUAGAAGAUGUCACAAAAUGAAAACUAAUCUAAUUUCAGGGAAUUUGAAAUCUGAGUCUGUUGCUGGGUCCCAGUUUUCCUCAGAGCAUGCAUCUGAAACGGAUUUGGAUUCAGAUGAUGACAAAACAAAAGGAAAAUUAAACAGUUUUAUGAGAGAUUCUACAUCACGAGACAGUGGACACAGCCACAGAGUUUCCAGGAAAAGGGUCUGUUCCAGUGAAUCAGACAGCAAUUCAAAGGUGGUUAAGAAAUCAUUAAAAGUUAAAACGAGUCUCCUAAGGAUUCCCCGAAGAUGUGCAGCUUCAGCUGCCAAUAAGAUCAAGCUAAUGAGUGAUGUAGAAGAUGUCAACUUAGGAAAUAUGUGCCCUAGAAAUAAAAAUGGAAGGAAAAAAUCCCUCCAUUCGGCCUGCACCACAGCUAAGAAAAUGUUGAGUGAUUCUGAGGGAGAUGUACACUGUGAAGUGCCAAAUGAACAGCAUGCCUAUGAAGGUAAGCCACCAGAAGCUGACUCAGAAGGUAGUACAAAAAGUGUCAGUCGGUCUUUCCAUGGAGACUCGGACUCUGAAAGUACUGUAAAUUCACAACACAAGAACAGGCGUAUCAGUAGUCAUAAAACAAAUGUUGCAUCUUCUAAAACAAAAAAUUCUUUGAUUGAGUCUUCGGAAGACGAUUCAAAAAGCCAUAUUCCAAGGGGUAAGAUUGGUAGAAAAUUUCCUUCUGGGUCAACUUUGCUGCAGAAAGCUCCUGCAGAGAAUAACUUUGAAGAGGAACUGAACUAUGGCCUACGCAGGUGGAAUGGCAGAAGACUCCGGACCUAUGGGAAGGCUCCCUUCAGCAAGACGAAAGUGAUUCGUGAUUCACAGGAUGCAGGAGAGAUGGAAAUUAAAAGGAAGCGACGGCGUUCUGAAUUGGAAAAUGUGAACAUUUCUGAAACAACAGGGAGUUCAAAGUUUGAACCUGACACUAGUCCCAAAUCUGAUUCAGAUUUGGGAUCUGUCACUGAAUCAGAUAUUGACUGUAGUGAUAAUAAAAUAACCAAAAAAAGGAAAACGAAAGGAAAAGCAAAAGUAGUUAGAAAAGGUAAAACUUUUACAGCUACCGUAUCUAAAACUGUGAGACAACAACGACACAGCAAACGACCUAGGUUAAAUGUGGAUGACAAUGACUGGGAGGAUUUGGACUGUGCAAAAUCUAAAAGAGUUCUUCGACGUUCAAAAAUAAAAACGAGAAAUCAGGGUAGAAGGACUGUGAGAUACCAUGAUGGGGAUGAUGAUAGAAGCUUAGAAAAUGUGUUAGAUGAUUGCACCUUAUGACCUUGAGGGAAAACCCGUUCAUUUACAUAGAAAAUGAACUGGGAUUUAUGGUGAAAGCUGGUUGUUGAAAUUAUUUUUUUGUCCUACAAUUCAGGGAAUAUAUUUAUAUUUUUCUAUGAAAAGUUAUGAAUGUGACAAAAUCAUGACUGUUAUUUUAUUUGCACUUGCUUGCUUUUGUAGCAGCAUUCAGCACAGGUGCCAAAAUAUGCUUCAUUUUGGGGGCAGAUCUACUUUUGACAGUAUUUGACUACAUAUAGCAAGAGUUUGAAAUCUGGUAAACACUAGACAUUCUGGUUAUCAAAACCAACGAGCAUUACUUUCACAGUCGCAGGUGUCAUGCAGUUAUUAUUUUUUUAAUUUGUCAAGAGGUGGUAGUUCCUAAUCCCCCGUCUUACAGUAGUAUAACAAUUUCAUAUGACCUAUGUUUACAGAUUUUUGAUAUUAUAUACAUACUGACAUUAUAAUCAUGGGAGGCAUAACCAUGAUUAGUAGGCAAGGUACCUACCACUUUUUUUUCUCCCUUUCCUGGUUAAACUUUUCUGGCUUCUUUAGUAGAAUACAUUAUACCAGGUUUGGUCAUUUUUAUUGAAAUGGUUUCCAGUUUUCUUCCCAAGUGCUGUUUAGUCUUUCUGUCUGUCUUUUCCUUCUUUCUUAAGGAAAACGUGAUCACUUUUAUUUUAUAAACUUGAAUUUAUGAAGUGCUGGUAAAUUAUUUUUUAAAUGUUUGAGCGUAUUUUUUAAACCUCUAAAAGGCCAGAGCAUAGUUGUAGCAUUUUCUUUAAAAUUGUGCACUAACAAAAUGCGAUUUAAUUUAUCUUCAUUUUGCUCGUCCAUAGUCUUAUUCUGUGAAGUAGAGGAGUUUGUGUGCCUUAGACUUAGGAUAAGUGUUUUUGUUCUUUGUUUUUUUUUAAAUAGUAGAGUGUGCAGGGCAAAAGAGUGUUUAAGUUAUAUGUAGAUUUCCCCCUCUGUAUUGAAAUUGUAGAGUUUUGUUAAGAGUGCAAUUGCAGAUCUCAUUAACAUAGGAAAAUAGUUAAAUGCCAUUCUCUGUCUCUGUUUUAGCUUAUUCCUGCCAAGUGAUUCCCAAGGAUUCUUUUCUCUUAGGGCAACUAAGUGUGUCAUUAUUAAUGACUUCUAGUCUAAAUCUAAGAAAAACCAUCAAAUUUGGUGGAAAAAUAAUUUUGGAAUCCAUUUAAAAAGUGAAACUUCGUUAGAUCAUCAAAUACCAUAGUACUCUUAUUUUCGAGCCAUAUAUUUUUACUUGAUAGGUUAUGUUACUCCAGACAGCGGAGGUGGCCAUUUCAAGCUUAUCUGUGCCUGAAGAUGGACUUGAUUCAGAUGGUUUACAUAUUUAGCAGCUGAGGGGUAUGUUACAGCACCACAACCUUUAAGUUAUUUUUUGGCCCUAUUUGUAUUUCGUUUCAGACAGAAUUAACUUCUUUCCCUUGUGUGUCCUUGAAGUGGCAGAUACGGAGAAGCAUUAGACUCUGGUAUCAGUAUUACAGAAUGUUUUAAGUGUUUGUACUUUUUCAUUAUUGAUUCCAUUGGACCUGGUAGCAAGUUCCUUCUCUUUCUGUUCAGUACGACUCAGAUAGGUGGGGAUAUCUACCUCUCAUUGUGUUGUGUAGACAGCUGCCACUGCUUCACAACUCUGAUGCUCUUCUUCUUGAAGCUCGUGCUGAGUGUGUAGUAGACAGAUUGAUUCAUGAUAAUUGACCUGAGAGAGUUCAUGGGAUCCCCCUUUCUUCCCUCAUUUUUAAAACUGUUGAUAGAUGUUAGUUGCAUUAAUUUAUUUAAACUCUUCUUAAACGUCUCUGUUUUAUAUCUGUUCUCAGGGUUAUAACUCCAUGUUUACCAUCUUCCACAAAAAGGUACCAAAAAAAUCCAUAAAUAAAUAAUGAGACACAUUCAUAAAUACAUAAUUUCUUUGGUAGAAACAUGCUUUGAUGGUUUAGGCUCCAUGAGUAGAACUGUGCUCAACCUUUGGACUGAAUUUACUGGUUAUUGAUUAGCUGGUUAACCAGUUAGUAAUUUCUCAGUUUGUCCAAAGUGGUUAGACCCUUGUGUUUCGAAGCAGUAUUUUGGAUAGUAAAAAAAAAAAAAAAAAAAAGGCAAAGAUUGUACCUGGUGACUUUAAAAGCAUGGUUAUCAAUAGAAAGUUCUCAACUUCUGAAGUAAAACUGAGGGAUUAUGGAAUCAUUCUUAAGGGUUUUUUUUGGUCAUGGUGCUAUUCCUAAGGUCAACUUUGAAUAUGUGACACACACACUCCUAAGUACCUUUAAGGGAAAUUAAUAAAUAAUUAACAGUUAAAAAUGUUUACAUUAAGCUCUAGAACAUGUUUCACUUCUCUUACUGCAAAAUGCGCAGGGAUUUAAUGCACAGAUGUACUUUAACAUGUUUGGGAUCAGUUUGUAUUCUUGAGAAAAAAGACAGAGGGUGGCAAAUUGAAUGUGAAUUGAUCUAGAAAUACGUAAUAUAGUUUUCCGCUGCACUUGAAAUAACUUGAUGGUGAAUAUGAGAAAAAAGACUACUGUGGUUGUGUAUGUCCAAAGUCCUAUGAUUUCACUAUUCUGUUGUUUAAAAGAAAAAGGUUUUGAGGUAUUCAAGUUUAAUUUUUGCAUCCUUUGAGAGAACAUUUUUUGCCAAGGAUAUUAAAAGAUUUUAUACAUUUAAAAGAUAGGUGAGGUUUAAAAAGCCUUCCCACCCCCCAUAUCCUACUUAUUUAAGAUAAGGUAUGCUGACAAUGUGCAGUAACUUCUGAAUAAAGGGGAAAAAUUUGUUCCAUUUUCAGCUAAUUUCUAGGGUGAUCAUUUUUCCCUUUUUUUCUUCUGGGGGAAAUCACUGAUUUAAUCACCUCUUGAUAUAAUCCUUGGAAAGAAUGAUCAUACUAAAGCAUUUGUUCACAACUUCUAAGUUAUAACACAAAGGUUUCUUUCAAAUGGUAGAGUUGUACCUAAAUAAAAGGGGAAAUUAGUUUUAUAAUAAGAGAAUGGGGGAAAAAACUUAUGUUUCAGGAGAAGAUACUUCAGAACCUAGAAGUACAAAUGGAAAAAGAGGAUAUAAAACGAUCCAAUAAAAAUACGUCUAAGGGUACUAGUGUCUAAAAAUAAGAAUAAGACACAUCACUAAAUGUUUUGAGCUUCGUUGGUGGUUGAUCUCAGUAAAAAUGCGUAUUUAAAACAGCAUUGGGUCCAUACUCCAUCAUCGCCUGUCCCUCUUCUGGCCUUUUUUUUUUUUUUUUUUGCUUAGAAUAAUCAGAACACAGAAUUUACUAACUUUACUGUAUUAGAAAUUAAAUUUUAAGCUUUGUCAGUACAAAUUGAAUUUGUGCCAACUGAAAAAAAAAAAAGAGGUUUCCAUUUCAGUAGAAUGCAAAAA